AUGGAGCGCUUCUCCCUGUUUUCUCUCAUCCUUCUCACUGUCCUAUCCUCGACACUCGCAUCCACAGUAUCUCCCAACGAUCUCGACGAUCCUUUGAUCAGGCAAGUCGUAUCAGACGGCGAGGAUCAUCUGCUCAACGCAGAGCAUCAUUUCACUACUUUCAAGUCCAAAUUCGGAAAAACAUAUGCGACUCAAGAGGAACAUGAUUACCGAUUUGGUGUUUUCAAAGCUAAUCUGCUCCGUGCCAAGAAAAACCAGAUGGUGGACCCUACAGCUGCCCACGGCGUUACUAAGUUCUCUGACCUGACGCCAAAAGAAUUCCGCCGCCAGUUCCUUGGAUUGAAGCGGAAGCUACGGUUGCCGACGGAUGCUAACAAGGCGCCGAUCCUUCCUACUAGUGAUCUACCUACUGAUUUUGACUGGCGUGAUCACGGUGCCGUUACUAACGUCAAAGACCAGGGAUCUUGUGGAUCUUGCUGGUCGUUUAGUGCUACAGGGGGAUUAGAAGGAGCCCAUUAUUUAGCAACAGGAGAGCUUGUGAGCUUGAGUGAGCAACAGCUUGUGGAUUGUGAUCACGAGUGUGAUCCAGAACAAUAUGGUGCUUGUGACUCGGGCUGCAGUGGUGGGCUGAUGAACAAUGCCUUCGAGUACGCACUCAAGGCCGGUGGACUUGAACGCGAGGAGGACUAUCCUUACACUGGAACUGAUCGUGGCGCUUGCAAAUUUGACAAGAGCAAAAUUGUUGCAUCCGUGUCUAACUUCAGUGUUGUUUCAGUAGAUGAAGAUCAAAUUGCUGCGAAUCUGGUGAAGCAUGGUCCGCUCUCAGUGGCUAUCAAUGCAGUUUUUAUGCAGACAUACAUAGGUGGAGUUUCAUGCCCAUACAUUUGCUCCAAGCGUCAGGAUCACGGGGUGCUGCUGGUGGGAUAUGGAUCUGCUGGUUAUGCUCCUAUCCGGUUCAAGGAAAAGCCCUUCUGGAUUAUCAAGAACUCUUGGGGAGAAAAUUGGGGGGAGAAUGGCUAUUACAGAAUCUGCAGGAGUCGCAAUAUCUGUGGUGUGGACUCCAUGGUUUCAACUGUUGCUGCUAUUCACUCUUCUGCUUAG